UGGUAGAAUGGGCUCCGAAGGGCCGGGAUCAGCCAAUCGGAACAGAGCAGGGCGGGGUUCCGAGAAGGGGCGGUCGCAGGGAAGUAAACCCUAAGGCUCGCGCGUCUUUCUGCCUCACCUGCAUCUGCGUCUGCCCUGCACCUGCACCCGUCCCUCCCCCUUUCUACCAGUUGGACGGACGCCGACUCGAAGGGUGACAGGGGACGCUUAUUCAGCUCGUCAUGGCCUACCCGGGAUACGGAGGAGCGUUUGGAAAUUUUAGCGGUCAGAUGCCAGGAAUACAGAUGCAAAUGGGACAACCAAUGCCAGGAACAGGGCCAAACCUGUACCCUAGUGAGUACCCAGCAUAUGCUGACAGUUACUCCUCAGCAGGAGACCCCAUGUGGACAUCCUUCACUGCUAUUGCUGGACAGGAUGGUGAAGUGGAUGCUGAGGAACUUCAGAAAUGUUUGACACAGUCUGGAAUUAGUGGAACUUAUUCUCCCUUCAGUUUGGAAACCUGCAGAAUUAUGAUCGCCAUGUUGGAUAGAGAUUACACAGGAAAAAUGGGAUUUAAUGAAUUCAAAGAACUUUGGGCAGCUCUUAAUGCCUGGAAGCAAAACUUCAUGACUAUUGAUCAAGACCAAAGUGGCACAGUAGAACAUCAUGAAUUGAAUGAAGCCAUUGCUGCUCUGGGUUACAGGUUGAGCCCUCAGACAUUAACUGCUAUUGUUAAACGGUACAGCAAGAAAGGCAGAAUCUUCUUUGAUGAUUACGUGGCUUGCUGUGUGAAGCUUCGAGCGCUGACAGAUUUCUUUAAGAGAAGAGACCACUUGCAACAAGGGAUUGUGAAUUUUGUAUAUGAUGAUUUUUUGCAGGGUACAAUGGCAAUUUGAAUGUCUAGAAUUCGAAAGCUGAAGAAUACUGUGAUUUUUUUUACUUGGAAGAAAUGAACUGGACUACUUUGAAUUUAACGCUUUUUGGGCUUUUCCAUAUUUCUACCUUGGUCUUUCUAUGUGUUUUUACCUUAGUGCAUAAUUCAGAGCAAUACAAACGUGUUUUUGUUUUUGGAAUAUUAUUGCUUUUUGAAAAGCUAUCACUUAACAGAUAUCUGUAUAGUAUCAUAAGACAUUGGUAUAUGAUGAAUUGAUGUAAAUACCUUUUAGCCUUAAUUUUUAACAUUGUAAGCCCAGAAGAAUGUAUUUACAAGAUAGAUUAUAUAAGCCAAAUAAUGAAAGCCUAGAUAAAGCUAAUGUAUACUUACCUGAAGGUUACAAAUUAUACUUUAUUUUAUUAUUUUAUUAUUUUAUUUUUUUGUGGUUGUUAGUUUGGAAGGUGAACUAGAAGGAGAAGUCUGGAUUUUGUGCCAUAUUUGUAGAAGGGUUUCUGUAUUCCUUCAUUGCAUCAUUUAAUAACGGAAACUCACUGGUCUUUGCCUGUGAAGAGGAAAAUUGUAGUUCCUAAAAUUUUAUAUUGCAUCACCUUAGGUAGACUGCAAAUUAAUCUACAAAGAAAUAAGGCUACAAGAGGCAUUUUUUCCUUUAUUUUCAAUGUAUAUUUUUCUUUGAUAUACUUUACUGUCUUCUGUGGAAAAAAGUUCUUCACAAAACAUACCUUUUGUUUCUGCACUUUUUUUCAUUAGAGACGACCUACAGGGCUUAAAAUGGCAUCUUCCUUAUAAAUCUAGACUUUCUGGAGGAGACAUAUUUGUAAUGAAAUGUCAACAUUUCAGUGUAUUCUGUUAAACUAAAUGGUUCCAUAUAUAAUGCCAACUGUUUACAAAGUUAAAAAAAAUCAGGUAAUCUACUGAUUUGUUUAACUGUCCAGGAACUGUAAGUUUGCCUUCCUUGACAACAUUUGCUGCAGGGUUUGGCAUUGCUAAACCAGAGAGUCGUUGAGCGCGGGUGUGUAACGUGGUGGGUACUGACCAAAGCAGGCACCACAGCCUGUUUCUGAGUGGCAUCCUCUUGGAAAAUGCAAAGUGGUCCUCACAUCCUUAGUAUUUAAGAUCCCUAGUAUAAGCUGUUGUAGUUAAUCCAGCCCCUUUCUUUGCAAGCACUCUAAGUCUUUCUUCAUGAAGAUUUAAAAAAGCAUAUGUGUUUCUUACACCUUAACUGAAUGUCUUCCAGCUUAAAGUGUGCGUACGCAUUGACAUAAUUUUAGUAUGACUGGUGACCAAAUUAUGAAUUUUAUACAAUUCUGGAUUUCUUAAACGAUGGAAUAGCAUCUUGGAAAAAAACGUUUCGUAAAGUUACAGAAUUUUAAAUGCACAUUUACUUUCAACAGUCCUGAAAAGGAAGUAUCGAAUAGUCAUUUUGACGUUAUAAUUUUAUAUAAUUAGCUGUCAGAUUCAUUUGGUCAGCAGUAUAAACGUGUGAAUAAAUAAUCCAUAUACUUUUGUCCUCUGGCUGCUAAUUUUUCUUCCAUGAACAUGUAUUUGAUAAUGUGAUAAUGUGAUAAUGUUAACUGAGCCAUAAAAUAAAACAGUAUUCUAAUUAGAAGUGUUGUAGGAAGAAACUAGUGUAAACACACUCUUACAUCAUUCAUGUUGAAUAAGGGUGAUAAUAUGACUCAGCAGCCUGGGAUCUUAACAUCUAGCUUACAGGUAAUCCAGCUGCUGUACCAGUCUGAGGUCAGUUAUAAUUUUUCUUACUUGUAGACUAAUGGUUGAGGCUAAAAGCUUUAAAAAUGACAUGAUAUUAUUCAUCUAAGUUUCUGCCAAAUGACACUUUGUAUUCAAACUCUCCAUAUGAUUCUCUGACUCAUCCUCUUCCAAAGGUGUUCCUAUGAAUUUUGGUCAUAGUCAGUCUGUGAAGGAGUUCCAGUGACCAAACAUAUUUGGGAAAUUCUCACCCUUUUCAGGGAGCUUGAUAAAGCCUGAGGUACAUAAAAUCCUGGUUACUUCUGUUUGACUUCAUUUGUUCCAGACAUUUUUGAUCACAGAACUCCUUUCUCUAGCAGAAUUAAUUUUCUAUACCAGUCCAACUUAAUUGUCAGACAGUUCUUUUGCACUGUCCAUUAACUAGAUAAUCUUAUAAAACAUUAGGCACAGAGAAUAUUUUACACGGAUUUUUUAUAUCAAAAUGCAAAACUCACUUUUUGAUGCUCUAAAGCUAAUUGAUGUAAACAGACAUCCAUGACUAAAGUCAAAAUUAAAUAGUCCUAUGAGGAACAAAGCCGGGAAUAUGAAUACAGUCUGGUAGUUUGCACUGGUUAACUCACACCCAGUUUUCUUGUAAAGAGUAAAUUAUUGAAUAAUGUACACUCUUAACAUCUAAGUGCUUUUAUUUAUACAGUAAACAUGUUUCCAUGUCAUUUUGAGAAUUUUUUAAUAAACAUUCAAAUAGCUUGCUGUAAAGUUUUGUAUCAUACAAAAUCUGUUAACAUAUAUGAGAUGCUUCAGUUCAAAUAACAGUGCAGGAAUUCACCUACGCCUAAAAAACUGCCAAAUGGUUCAGUGUCAGGUAUUGCACUUCUAUUUUGAGUGGCAGUUUACACCUUUUAAAUUAUACCAAGGGGAAAUCAGUACUAUUGAAAUCUUAAUUUGGUCCACUUUAAAUUUAAUUUCAAGGACUGUGCUCAUUUGAUCUAUUUAAGCAUGCAUUCACAAACAAAAAGUAAUUUAAAAGUGUCAAAUGAUAUAUUUAUUUCCAGAAAAGGUAUUCACCCUGGAAGAAACUAGAAUUUAUUAAUGAAGUUCAAAGUCUGUGCAGUUUAAAAAAUGACAAAAAAUCAAUUUGUAAUUCUUUCUUUAAGGAAAAUAUACAAAUCAAGUUCAUUUGUACUCGUACGGCAUUACUAAACUGGACAAAUUAAAUAAAUACGAUUUGUCAGAAA